GUGAGCAAGGAGGAACUUUUUUUUCUUCAAAGCUGCAUCAUUGAGACUUCGCCAACAUGACCGGGCGUGCACGAGCUCGAUCAAGAGGCAGAGCACGUGGUCAAGAGACUGCGGCACCUGGAGCGGUAAGAGCAAGCCAGGCUCGAGGAGAUCCUGCACCACCAGCUCCCGCAGAGGGAGAGCUAGUUGGUAGAGGGAGGCAGAAGGGUGUUCCAGGACCCUUUUCCGCAGAAGCUGUUCUACAGAUUUCAGCCGGAUUUCAACAGGUGAAGCUGGGAGAGAGAGGUGGACGCCGCCGAGAUUUUAACGAUGCAGGGGUUAACACAAGGGAGGCUAUGGUGCAUGUUAAGGAUUCCAAGUUAGGAACAUCUGGCGCUCCCAUUAAGUUAACGGCAAACUUCUUUCGCAUCCUGUCCCGCCCUCAGUGGGUGCUGUAUCAGUACCAUGUGGACUUCAACCCACCGAUGGAGGCUCGUCGUCUGAGAUCUGCCCUCCUCUACCAGCAUGAGGAAGCACUUGGCUCAGCACGGAGCUUUGAUGGAGCCAUGCUUUUUUUACCUCUCAAAUUGCCCAACAAGGAGACAGUCCUCCACAGCGAGACGAGGAAUGGAGAGAAAGUUCAGAUCACUGUCACCCUGACAAAUGAACUGCCACCCACAUCACCUGUGUGCAUUCAGUUUUACAACAUCAUGUUCAGAAGGAUCUUGAGAAUGCUCAACAUGCAGCAGAUUGGACGCAACUACUACAACCCCAAUGAUCCACUCAACAUCCCACAGCACAGGCUGACCAUCUGGCCAGGCUACACCACCACCAUUUUGAGGUAUGAGACAGCCAUUAUGCUGUGUACUGACGUGAGCCACAAGGUGCUGCGUAGUGAGACAGUCCUUGACUUUAUGGUCAACCUGAGACGGAAGUGUGGAAAUCAACGCUUCCCUGAGGUCUGCGCCAAGGAGCUGAUUGGACUCAUAGUCCUCACAAAGUACAACAACAAGACCUACAGGAUUGAUGAUAUUGCAUGGGAUCACACUCCCAACAACACAUUCAUGAGGGGAGACACGGAGAUUUCAUUCAUGAACUACUAUAAGACGCAAUAUAGCCUGGACAUCACUGAUGGGAACCAGGUGCUGCUGGUCAGCCAUGUGAAGAAGAUGGGUCCUUCUGGAGGUCCUCCUCCUGGCCCGGCCAUGCUCAUCCCAGAGCUGUGCUUUCUGACAGGCUUGACCGACAAGAUGCGAGCAGACUACGUCAUCAUGAAGGACUUGAACAUGCACACCAAAUUGGAACCAAAUCAAAGGGAGGGACGCCUCAACAGAUUUGUCAGUAAUAUACAAAAGAAUACAGAUGCACAAGCUGAGUUGGACAAGUGGGGACUCAAUUUUGAUAAGCAACUCUUAAAGCUGACUGGCAGAGUCCUUCCAGCGGAGAGGAUUUUCCAGGGACCAAAAUCGUUUGAUUACAACCCCAUGCAAGCUGAUUGGUCCAAAGAGAUGCGUGGGUUGCCUCUGAUCAGCUCUCCUCCACUGGAUAACUGGCUCUUGUUCCACAUCCGUCGUAACAGCACUGAAGCCCAGGCCCUGAUGCAGACCCUCACCAGAGUCUCAGCUCCGCUCAAUAUUCACAUAGAGAGAGCCAUCGUGAUUGAGUAUGAGGAUCAACAGGAGUCUCUCCUCAGAGCCUUGAAGAGCAAUGUUUCACGCGAAACGCAGAUGGUUGUGGUGGUCCUCCCCAGCAACAGGAAGGACCAGUACGACAGCGUCAAGAAGUACCUUUGUGUGGACUGCCCCACUCCAAGUCAGUGUGUGGUUGCCCGUACCCUUGCCAGACAACAAGCACUCAUGACUGUUGCAACCAAGAUUGCUCUUCAGAUUGCUUGCAAGAUGGGAGGAGAGCUCUGGAGUGUGGAAAUCCCUCUCAAACAGCUGAUGAUUGUGGGCAUUGACUGCUACCAUGACACCAUUGCUGGGAAACGGUCUAUUGGAGCUCUAGUGGCCAGCCUCAAUCAGGGCAUGAGCAGGUGGUACUCAAAGUGUGUGCUGCAGCACAGAGGCCAGGAAAUCAUGGAUGGACUGAAGAUGGCUUUAUGUGGUGCACUGAAAGACUAUCUGAAGUUCAACAACUGCUUGCCCACACGCAUCAUUGUGUACAGAGAUGGAGUGGGAGACGGCCAGCUGCACAGCGUGGUCAACUAUGAGGUUUCACAGAUCAUCGAAUCCAUCCAGUCCAUGGGGCACGACUACAUGCCCAAGCUGAGUGUGGUGGUGGUGAAGAAGCGCAUCAACAGUCGUUUUUUUGCCAACAUUAAUGGCAAUGUGGCCAACCCUCCCCCGGGCACCGUUGUGGACUCUGAGGUUACCCGUCCAGAGUGGUAUGACUUCUACAUUGUGAGCCAGGCUGUCCGCACCGGAAGCGUCUCUCCAACACACUACAAUGUUGUGUACGACACCAGUGGACUUAAGCCUGAUCACAUGCAACGGCUUACCUACAAGCUGUGCCACAUGUACUACAACUGGCAGGGGAUCAUCAGAGUGCCUGCUCCCUGCCAGUAUGCCCACAAGCUGGCUUUUCUUGUGGGUCAAAGCAUCCACAGAGAGCCCAGUGUGAAACUGGAUGACCUCCUCUUCUACCUAUAA